UUUUGUUUUUCCCCGUUUUUCUGUCCCUCUUUUUUGGGGACACCAUGAAUUUUGAAAGACAAGACAAGGGAUUCGUCUCUUUUGAGUGGAUUAGAACACGAAUGGCGUGGUUGCGUUGGUUUAGCUGGAUGAUGGAUUCGUUACGGCAAAAAAAGUUUUAACUUGAUCUUUUCUCCCGGAUCUGCGGACUCGCUCACAAUGGAGCUGAGAUUGAGGGGACGCUCUUCAGUGUGGUGCGUGCUCUGGCUCUGGCUCUGGCUCACUCUGCCGUACCUCUUGUGCGCGUCUUUGGAGCUCAGGUACUCCGUAAUGGAGGAGCAGGGACCCGGUACUUUUGUUGGAGACAUAGCUAAGGAUUUGUCAUUAAGCACACAUGGAAUUACAGAGAGAAAAUUACGGCUCGUAUCGGAAUCUAACGCCAAAUAUUUUGAGGUAAAACCCGCUAGCGGUGCCUUAGUUAUUAGAGAGACAAUUGACAGGGAACGAAUGUGUGGAUUAAGUUUAACGUGUUCUUUGCACCUUCAAGUCGUUCUGGAGAACCCUUUGGUAUUUGGUAGCGUUUUUGUGGAAAUUGUGGAUGUGAAUGACAAUGCGCCACAGUUUCCAGCUCGCAAUACAACGCUGGAGAUCUCUGAAGCGGUAGUUCCAGGCACGCGAUUCCGCCUGGAGAGCGCGCAAGACCCCGAUGUGGGCACUAAUUCGCUGCGCACGUACCAUCUUGCAACGAAUGACUUCUUUGCUUUAAAAGUGGAGACGAAAAGCGACGGCAGUAAAUUUCCAGAGCUCGUUCUAGAAAAAGCUCUGGACCGUGAGACACAAGCUACAUUCCGCCUGUUGCUCACGGCAGUAGACGGGGGACAGCCAGAGAGAUCAGGGACAACCCUUUUACUAAUUAAAAUUCUGGACGUGAAUGACAACGCGCCUGUGUUCGACGAGCCCGUGAAAAGAGUCAGUCUCUUAGAAAAUUCCCCUCCAGGAACGCUCGUGACAAAACUGAAUGCCUCUGAUGCGGAUCAGAGUUUGAAUGGAGAAAUAUCAUUUUUAUUCAGUAAGUAUACACCCGACAGUAUACUCAAACUUUUCAGCGUGGACUCCAAAACCGGAGAAAUCCGUGUCACUGGCGACGUAGACUUUGAAACAGCCAGUGUUUAUGACAUUACCGUGCAGGCAAGGGACGGCGGUACUCCCGCCAUGGAAGGCUCGUGCAACAUCAAAGUGGAGGUAACGGAUGUCAACGACAACACGCCGGAGGUGACGUUAACAUCCCUUGUCAGUCCAAUUAGAGAGGAUGCAGAACCAGGUACAGUGGUGGCGCUGAUUAGCGCCAAAGACUUAGACUCUGGCAAAAACGGUGAGGUGACGUUAAAAGUAUCACCCGGGCUACCUUUUAAAUUGAAAUCAGCUUUCGGUGAGCAUUACACGCUCAUCACCGAUGGUCUUUUGGACAGGGAGACGGUUGCUGAGUACACUGUCAUUGUCACAGCAACAGACUCUGGCUUACCCCCGCUGUCCUCCCAAAAGACUUUUGUGGUCAGUCUGUCUGAUGUAAAUGACAAUGCCCCAGUUUUCUCUCAGUCUUCCUACUCUGUGGAUAUAAUGGAGAAUAAUGACCCUAGUACAUCAAUAGUAACUGUGUCAGCUACUGAUCCAGACUCAGGCGAAAACGCUCAGAUUUCCUACUCUAUCCUGGACUCCACUGUCAAUGGCAGCCCAUUAUCAUCCUAUGUCUACAUUAACCCAGAAAAUGGAAAUAUUUUCACUAUGCGUUCACUAGACUAUGAGCAGAUUAAAAUGUUUAAGAUUGAGGUGCAAGUUCGAGAUGCAGGAAAACCCCCCCGGAGCUCCAAUGUUACAGUCCAUGUCUUCCUUGUUGAUCAGAAUGACAAUCCACCUACCAUCCUUUACCCUGCCCACUCUGAUGACACGGGGCUCCAGCUAACUGUUCCAAAAUCUGCCCCCAUUGGCCAUUUUGUGACAAAGAUCGUGGGUGUGGAUCCUGACAGUGGCCAUAACGCUUGGCUCUUCUACAACAUAGUGUCUGACAAUGACGAUGCAACAGCAUUCCGCAUUGGCACACACACCGGUGAACUCCGCACAGCGAGGAAACUUGGCGAGGAUGAAGGGGCUGAUCAAAGUUACAAUUUUGUUGUGGUUGUGCAUGACAAUGGGAAGCCUGCACGUUCCACCAGUGUCUCUGUCACAGUGUCUGUGGAAGACAAGGACGCUGACACAUCCUCAGACUUCCGGAAAACUCCGUUCUCCCGGAAGAGUGGCGGGAUGUCAGAUGUGACCUUGUACUUGAUAGUUUCACUGGCCUGUGUGACUGCCGUCUGUCUUCUCACAGCCAUUGUCGUGGUAGUUCGCUGUUUGAGACAUAAGGGAGAAUCCACCUGUUGUUACUCCAGAAAAGGCCUCCGCUCCAGAUACAACUACCAGCAGCGCUCCCACAAGGAUCUUCACCUCCAGCUGAAUACGGAUGGACCCAUCAGAUACAUGGAGGUGGUAGGGGGUCCCCAAGAGCCACAUACACGAACAUACAGACCAUGUUACUCCACCAUUUCCAGCAGAAGUGACUUUGUAUUUGUAAAAACACCUGUCCUAAGCCACAACAACACACUAAACAUGACCCUGACCCGGAAACAGUUACUGAACUCAGCCAAUGAGCAGCAAAAACCACCCAACACUGACUGGAGAUUCACUCAGAACCAGAGACCGGGACCCAGCGGGGCAGCUGCCAGCCCUGAGGUUGCUGUUGGAACAGGACCCUGGCCCAACCCCCCAACAGAGGCCGAACAGCUCCAGGCUCUGAUGGCUGCAGCCAACGAGGUGAGUGAGGCAACAAACACUCUUGGUCCAGGCACAAUGGGUCUCAGUACCCGUUACAGUCCCCAGUUCACCCUGCAGCACGUUCCCGAUUAUCGGCAGAACGUCUAUAUCCCGGGCAGCACCGCCACCCUGACCGCCAACCCCCAGCAACCCCAACAAGCCCUGCCCCCUCCCCAGCCCUCCGCCGCUCAGCCCGAGCCCCCCAAGGCCAGCCAGACUCCGGCCAGUAAGAAGAAGUCCACCAAGAAAGAGAAAAAAUAGAGAAAGCGAGGGACAGGCGGAGGAAUUUAGAGAGAGGUAAAAGGGGAGAAGUGUAGGGGGUUUGGGAGUGGCUCAAAGGUGGGUGUAUUUUGACACUGAAAUUUUGGGAGAAUUUUAUUUUUCAUUUCAUGUGAAAAAAUUGAGACUGGGGUGAAAAAAAAAAACAAAACCCUUUUUGUGUGACAAGGUGUGCC